UUUGCCUCAGAAUCAAAAACUUCCAGACUUUGUGUGAGUUGCUGCUGACACGAGUUCCUCGUCUCCAUCUGUGGGCGGCAAGUUUUUUCCAUGGAGACGCACCCGCCGGCUGGCAAGUGGAAUAUUUAACCAGACCCCUCCGCUCUCCUCCAGCCGUCGUCAGGGAAGUCGAGCAGGACAAAAUGAUCACUACAGACCGUUAUGUACUGCCGUACAGAGAGCGAGGUGUGCCCGACCACACAGACGGCCCGCCAGUCAUACGACUGUAUCACCGAGGUCAAGGUCACUCAGGUCACAGGCCAGGUGAAUGUGUUACGUGCGGUCGUGAGGUGGCCAGCUUCCUACACAGUCUCCGUGUUGGUGUUACAGGGAGAAGCACAACAACAUCUACAACAUUGACCUCUACCAGUGGCGGCACAACACCACCCUGUCUACAGUGGAGAGACGUGCUGGUGUUGUAUAAGGAAGGCGUUAGUGAUCAGUCGGGUGUGGUCACAGGACUGCAAGAAGCGGGUAUCCCAGUGCAGGUGAUGAGGGAUGAUGACAUCGAGGACGUGGUCAAGGCCCGCAGUGACGUGGUGUGGGUGACGCGUGGACAUCGUGUUGCUGGUCUGGAGAGAAAAGUCGUCGUCUGUCUGGAGAACCCUGAUUACGGUUCAGAUAGAUCUGAGUAUUUUGAACAGCUAGGACAGGGCAUCAUUAUCUGUCCUCGACUUGACCUCAUGUCCCGCUGUACGUCACAACUUGUGAUUGUCUCCACUGACGACAAGCCGCUAGAAGGUGACUGACACUGACACUGACACACCUGUCACCUGCAGUAGUCGUGUGUC